GCUUCUCUGCCAAGACGCAACGUGUCUUCUGAUGAAGCCCCAGUGAUAGUGGAGUUCCCAGAGGACACCCGAGUCCAGGAGGGAGAGGGGGUAGUGCUCAAGGUCGAGGUAACCGGAGUACCCCACCCCAAACUGACGUGGUACCACGGCGGAUUAGAGGUGGUGCCGGAUUACUCCAGAGAGCUGGCGGAGGACGGGACUCUCACACUUCCCUCUGCUGAGACCAAACACAGUGGAGUCUACCAGCUGGUGGCCAGGAACAGAGGAGGCAGUGUCGAGAGAGAGGUGAAGCUGCAGGUAGAGCAGGAGGGUGUGGAGGAGGGAAUCGCUGCUGAGGAGCCGUCCUACGAGACUGUGGCUCUGAGUGGUCCGGUUCCCGUGGCUGUCUUCGGGAGUCACGUGGAACAGCGACACUCAAAGAACAACAAGCCAUUCAAAGAGGAAUAUGAGGGACUGCCCACCUACGCGGAUAAGCCCGUUACCGUAGCUACCACUCCUGACAAUAAACUCAAGAACCGCUUCGCCAACAUCUGUGUCUAUGAUGACAACCGCGUAGUGCUGAACCCACUGGCCAAAUAUGACUCUGACUAUGUCAAUGCCAGCUAUGUUGAUGGCUACAGUACCAAGGGCAAGUUCAUCGCCACUCAAGGUCCCCUACCAAAGACAGUGGUUGACUUCUGGAGGCUGGUCUGGCAGGAGAGGGCCCCCACCGUUGUCAUGAUAACGAACCUGGUGGAGGGGACCAAGAUAAAGUGCCAGCAGUACUGGCCCGAGGGCGGGGCCCAAGGAUUUGGACCGUUCCAGAUCACCGUCACUGACCAGCAGACACUGGCUGACUAUACAUUGCGACGUAUUCUGGUCCAGCUGAAGGGAAGUUCAGAGCGUCCACUGAACGUGAGUCAGUUCCACUUCACAGCCUGGCCUGACCACGGAGUGCCCGACUAUGCCACGCCCAUCCUGACCUUCCACAGGAGGGUGAUGAAGGAACACAAAUCUGGACCUAUAGUCGUCCACUGCAGUGCUGGAGUGGGCAGGACAGGAACAUUCAUCACUAUAGACCAAGCCCUCGAGGCAGUGGAGAAGGAGGGGAAAGUGGACAUCCCUGGAAUCAUAGCUAAUCUGAGGCAGCAGAGGACCAAGAUGGUUCAGACACCGGACCAGUAUAUCUUCAUCCACGAUGCCAUCCUGGAGGCAGUCACGUGUGGAGACACUCAGGUGGAGUCUGGAGACCUGAGGAAGAUUCUGGGCCGGCUGCAGAGGCGGGACCAGUCAGGGAGAACUGAUAUGGAGAUACAGUUCUCUGUGUUGGAGCAAGUUAGUCCCAACCCUCAAGAUGCUAAGGUGUCUGUCGCUCUCAAACACCCAAAGAAAAACCGCUCCAAAAACUUCCUGCCUCUGGACAAGUGGAGGGUGCUGAUAAAGGGAGAGAGUCCAGAUUAUAUCAAUGCUAGUGUGGCUCAUGGCUACAAGCAGCAGAGAGCCUUCAUCAUAGCUCAGAAUCCAAUGCAGUCCACUGCCAGAGAUUUCUGGAAGAUUGCGUGCGACAGGAAGUGUGGAGUGUUGGUGAUGCUGUGUGACCUGGUGGAGACUGGGAAGGAGACAUGCUACCAGUACUGGCCUUCCAGUGGCUCCCUCACAGUUGGAGAGUUCACUGUGGACCUGAUCCAGGAAGAAAGGCUCUCUGGAUUCUCUAUGAGGAACUUUGGAAUCUACGAUGAGAAGAGCAACAAGUCCCACCAGGUGACCCAGUUCCACAUCACCAACUGGGCACCCGAUGGGAACUGCUCCAACAUCAAGACCGUCACUGACGUGAUUGAGGAGGUCGGUAAGGUGCAGAGGAGGACCGGCAAUCACCCCAUCAUGGUCCACUGCAGUGAUACAGUGAGCAGGUCGGGGAUGUUCUGUGCCAUAGCCACCACCAUUGAGAGGUGUAAGACAGAGGGAGUGGUGGAUGUGUUCCAGGUGGUCAAGGCUCUCCGUGUACAGAAACCUGGAGCUGUACGCACUGUGCUGCAGUACAGGAUAAUCUUUGAGGCUGUUUUGGAAUACCUCGACUCAUUUGCACUCUACUCAAACUUUUAACUGACUGAGAAAUUAUGAUUGGUUUUGCAAACUUUGUCUCCUCUUACAUGUAGCUUUAUG